AUCCAAUCCGCUUGGUGGUAGCCGAGGCACUUCCUGUAACGAGCCGUGUAACUGAAGAGGACUUCGUUGAAUCUGUGAACACUGUGUGGUGUUGAAUGGGACCAGAGCGAUGUGAAUACCAAUAUUAUUGCUAUUAGUAGCUAUCAGGUAUGAACAGAAAACGGGCUUUGAUUUCAGACACUUUCAAGGUGAAGAAAAUAAGAAAUGGCACAGCGAAGUUCGGAGCUGUCAGUAAUGGAGAUGGACCGACUGACAUCAAAUCCACCCUUGAGUACCUCAUGACACUGUUCCCCAGGAAGCUCUUCAAUGACACCUUGCCUCAAAUUGUUCUUAAGCACCAACUCUACAGCAUACACAAUGACAAGACUUUGGUGGACAAGGAGCUGAAUAAACUGAGGGAACAAGGAGAGCUGCUGAUGUUCCAGCUUGGGUUUGAUGCAGAAGCUUUCGGGCUGAUUUUUGCUUCAGAUUACAAGGCCAAAGUGCUGGCAGGGGAGGAGGGCAGAGUGACACGAGCCACAGUGGAGAAGUUCUUGGAGAAAGUGCUGUCGUCUUGCACAGAUCUGAGCUUCAGCAAAGACAAGAUGCUCAGGGAGUUCCUGUUCACAGACUCGGAGAUAACGCAGCUGGUUAAGUCAGGAGUCCUGACUGUGAGGGACGCAGGCAGCUGGUGGCUUUCCAUCCCCAACUCCGGCAAAUUCACCAAGUACUUUAUACAAGGUCGUAAAGCAGUGCUCGGCAUGGUGAAGAAGUCCAAAUAUAGUGAAGUCUUAAAGGCAGAGCUAGAGGAGCGGCGAACAACCGCACACGUGAAAUUCCACAUGAAAUACCACAUCCAUGACAUUGUUGGUGCAGAGCUGGUACAGAGCAUACCCACAACUUCAGGGACAUUGUUGCGAUUCGUUGAUUCAUGAACCACCGCAACAUCGGUGCGACUGAAGAUGAGAAAUGCAUAAGCGGUCAAAGUGCUUUGUAUGAGGACUGAGUAAAUUAAUUUAAGAUUUAGGUGCCAAAUGUAUUAUAAAACCUUGUGUGUUUAUGAAUUGUCAAUUAUUUUGACAUGACCUUGUUUAAUCUAUCUUGUAAUAAAAGUUAUUUGAAAUGUU